GCGUGGCUAGGUUUUUACGAUCGAGGGCGCUGUACACACGGAACGGAACUUAAAGUUGAAAGUGCCGAAACGCAUCCAUAAAGGGCUGUCUUUAAAGUCCCGGAAAUGGGGGUCUUUUGGGGCAAUUGGGGGGUUGUCUCAAUUGUAGUACUAGUCGCCAACACUGAUGCGGCAGAAGGAAGCAUAAAUUCUCCUCAAGACAAUCUCAACCUUGCUGGCGAUGGGCAGUUUUGUGAUGCUGCCGCACAACCUUGUCCCGGACAACGUCUACACCGAUCCAAAGGUGCGGGGGUCCGGGGAGCCGGAGAAGGAGAGUUCGACUGGGCGGGGCAGGAUGAGGAGCUUGCCCAUGACCACGUGACCAAAGAUGGAUGGGAUGGAAAUGGUUACAUAACAUUUUGUCCUUGUAUGGGAAACUUUGGAAACCAGAUAGAGCAAUAUCUUGGUGCUAUCGCUCUCGCCAAAGUCGUGAACAGAACGCUGAUACUGCCCCCCUUUUAUCACGUGUAUCACCGGGCAAGACAGUUGCAGAAUGUACCAUUCACAGACCUUUUUCAACUGGGUGCCCUACGACAGUUCCAUCGUGUCAUUCCUGUGCAUGAUUUUCUGACCAUACUAGCUCCGGAGCACUGGCCAGCAGGCCAGCGUAGGGGCUAUGCCUACCCCUUCGGUGGAGAAUGCAGUCUAACCCAAAGUAAAUAUUUCUACAAGGAUCUAAAUCCACCUGUUGUAUUUGAUGACUGCGUACCAUGCAAGUUGCGAUUUGAUGUCAAUUUCAGUGCUGAUGAGAGGGCAAAGGGAGCCAUCAAAAACUUGUGGUCAAACAGUUUUUCUCCACAGAGUCAUCCUGUCCUGGCCUUCAAUGGUCCCAUUGGCAUCUUUCCCAUGAUUGCUGGGAACCGGUAUCUUCAGAAAUACCUCCGUUGGGCAGAUACUGCCUAUUUCGCUGUGGCCCAGGUCUACAUUUCUGAGACCUUUGGCAAAGACAUCUGGGUGGCUAUUCACUUGAGAAAUGGAGAGGAUUGGGUCAAGGCAUGUAAAACAGACCUUAGCACUUUAGCGUAUAUGAUGGCAUCGCCGCAGUGUCAUGAGAAAAAAAUUGGAGCUGUCACCAAGGAUCUGUGCCUCCCUAGUAUACCUCAUAUGUUAGAGCUGACACUGCAAGUCUUUCAGGACGUCAAAGCCAAGCAUCUCUUCAUCGCAACUGACAAGCAUCCUCAUCUCCAGGAAUUCAGGAUGCUGCUUCACCCUCUGGGAGUGUCGGUUCACCAUUUGAAUCCAGACAUUCCUCAAGUUGACCUGAUGAUCCUUGGCCAAGCCGAUUUCUUCAUUGGCACCUGUACCUCGUCAUUUACCUCAUUUGUGAAGCGGGAACGAGAUGCCAACGGCAAACCUUCCAUUUUCUGGGGACAGGAGUAUAAAGGCUUUCAAUAGACGAUCUGUCACCGUGUAACCGUGACAACUACCCUGAUUUGUCCAUAACUUUAAACAAAUCAGAGAGCACAAAUCGAUCGGCACAUUUGUAAAACCAUAUUAGGGCUACUUCCAUUGUGUUUGUUACUAUCACAGUUUGUUUCAAACUGAACGUUUGUUUGAGAUGUUUUACACCAUUCAUAUGAGGGAGUAUUUGCUUGUAUCAUUUACUCUAAAUUACUCACUGCCAUUGCUGUAUUCAGAAAAAUCUUUAGGAUGAUAGUUUUAUGCGUCCGUCAAUGAAAUUUUUUUGUCUAUAAAUGAAUGCAUAUUUACCUUUAUUUAACCAGGAUAUAUCUGAGGUUGAAAACCAUAGUUCAGUUUUCAAUUUCAUAUACUUGCUAACCUUGUGCAGUACUUAACGUUUUUAUAAAUUCAACAUAAAAUGUAUUUUUGGAGAUAUAUAUUUUUAUACAGAAAUUGUAAUGUUUCUUACUGUGAUACAUUUUGGAUGUAAUGCAUUUACAGGGGUGUGAAAAUUCAGCUUUUUAGCUGAUUUCAGCUUUUUUGUUUAGAUGUUGACCCUGAGUUUCAGCUUUUUUUACAGCUGGUCUGUACAAAAGUAUGGGAACCUUUUCCAAUUCAACUUUUUGCUAGCUGUUUCCAGCUCUAAUUUUAAGCGGGUGCUCACACCCUGGAAUUUGAAACAAAGUGAAACCAUUUUAAAUGACUGUACAUUGUACUUUUUAAACAUUUUUAAGGUUAGGAUUCCAUGAAUAAACAUGAUUGGCGGGGCCCAUUGUCACUUUUUUUCACAAGCUGAAUGCCAGAAUUGUUAUAUGCACCGGAAUAUUCAAAAGAAAUGUUUUCUACGAGUUUUAUCUAGAUGUGAAAGCUUUUUAUGCCCAAAGUCUUGAAUACACUCUGUAAUAUUGUACUUUAAGUUGUAUUCAGGGGAGUUUAACAGUUUUAUGCAGGGUGAGUCAUUUUUAGUGAUAGUUACAGUCUCAUUUGUCUAGCUAGGAAAUAUCCAGGUAAUUAGUUGUUUUGAGUUGGGUGUUGAUCUGUCUCCUGUCUAUUUGUGUAAAACACUGAUAGUAUCUGGUACAUAGCCAAGUUAUUGAUUUUCCUUUGUUGAUUUGUGCAAUGUAGGUAAAGCCAACAUUUCCUGCUUAUUUAUUCACUUUGACACCAUUCCUUUUUAUUUUGUCUUGAAAUAUUUCGACUCGCUUUUAACUAAACACCCUCAUUCCUUGUUUUGAAUCAAUAAUUUAGGUGCUAAUAAUUGUAAAAAUGAUGGUGCAUUGGUUUCAAAGUUGGAUUCGGAAUUCGUCGGAAUACUUUCGUGCUGAGGAUGACAGAAAUAAACUGAUUUUUGAUUGACGGUGG